AUCCAAGUACAACUGGUUGUUGGCACCUCACUUUUUAGCUUUUCAAAACUCUCCUUUCUACCCUAAAGCUGGUGGUUCUGGAAAAAAGCCGAAAAUGGAAGAGCCGACAGGCGGAACCAAACCGAUCAAGUGCAGUGAGGACCAGAAACGUCAAAAAUAUGGAAGAUAUGCAGCAGGGUCCUCGUCCGACGAGCUUCUGAUCGGGAAUUCCGAUGCUCCUCCACAUUCAGAGGCUGAAACUUCCCAUAUUUCCACAGGUGAAGAUUCGGGAAGCUCCGGCGAGGAAACACGGUUGUCCGGCCUGGCAGAGAGCCUGCAGAUCUUAACAAAGUCGCUGCUGACAGCGGAAAUGGAGAUUUUCAAGGCGAGGGAGGUCAUCCGCCUUGAGGAGGAAAAGAGGAGGUUGGAAUCGGAGGCCGAGAUGACUCGCAUGCUGCUCCAGUGUCAGAUGCAGAUCGCCUCGUUUCUGUCGGCCAGGCAGGGUCCGAACAACCGGAAAAGAAAGAGGGUUCAGGAAGAAGAACCAUCUCCCUCGGUCUCCUUAGAAAGGGACGGAGCUCUGCUGCUAAGUCUAAUUCAACUCAACAUGAUCACCUUUUGAAGCUGCUAUGCUAAGGUUUGAACGGGGAGCGUAAGAGUGAGUAUUAUGAGGGUAUAAGUGUAACUGUAUCGAUCAACAAAGCGUGAUAUUGAUCGAAUUACUGAAUAUUUUUCCAUUUCUAUCUCAAUCCUAUAAGUUAUGACUGAUUCAUUGGCA